AUGUUUGCCAUUUAUAAGGACGCAGCGCUGCCCCCGCUGGCCUUCUUGCCCCCGGGGAUUCCCCCGCUGGAGGGUAUGGAGAGGGGGACCCCCGGGGCGGGUCGGGGGGCCCCCGGCAAGGGGCCGGGGUCCCCCUGCUGCAGCGCCGUGAGCAGGUGGGAGGCCAUCAGGAGAACUGCAGAGGCCAAUGGCUGGCCCUUCUACGUGGGGCUGCAGGACGGCGAGCUGCUGCAGCUGGCGCUGGCCACUUCCAUAUGCCCUUUAGAGGGGGGCCCCGGGGACCCUGCGCUAGCUUUGGGGUGCCAGAGGCCCCUCCUUGAAGUCCUUUCGAUCAGUCCCGCAGCCCCCACUGCAGCAGCUCCCCAGCGCCCUGCGGGGUUCCCCGAGGGGGCCCCUGAGGGGGCCCCUGAGGGGGCCCCUGAGGGCCUUCCUCUCAGUGAUGUCCGCACAGCUGUACCCAUAGGGGCCUCCGGCAGCGUCAGUGCGGCUCUCAGCCUCACUGCCGCAGAGACGCAGCAGAUGCUGCAGGCCGCGAGGCCCGAGGAACGCGACAAGGUGCUCGCGGCGCUCGAAACCUGCACGGCGCAGCGGUACGCAGGCCGGAGCCCGCAGACGCCGCUGCUGCAGCAGCUGCAGCGGGAGGGGCUGAGCAGCGCGAGAGCCCUGUGGCUGCUGAAUGCCUUAGCAGCAAGAAGACAAGUGCUGCCCCGAAGCGAAGAAGUGGCCCGGCUAAUGGCUGUGGCCAAACCUGAGACUGCAGCUUCCCCCUUGGCAGUGCCAAGCCCCAAAGUGGAGGGCCCCGUGGCUGCACUUGCCCGGGACUGGAAGCGGGGCUCAGUGCCUCUGUGGCCGCUGGUGCAUGCGCUCUGGGCCGGGGACAGAGGCGCUGCUGCUGCUGCUGCUGCUGCUGCUGCUGUUGCUGUUGCUGCUGACCUCGGCUCCAAGCAGGCAGACACCCAAGACGAGCCCGACAGCAAACAGGAGCUCGACACUUGGGCCUGGAAAGUCGCUGAGAAAUUCCGCAGAGACGCGCUGGGGGCUGCCUUUUUGCUGCGGUGGCUGGAGGGCCACACGCGGGGACUGCAGCACUCGAGCGACUGCGUGCACACGGGGACAACGGGGGUGGACCUGAGGGGUAUACUGGCUGGGGGGGCCCCCCAGGGGGCGCCCCAGGGGGCCCUUCGGGGGCCCCCCAGGGGGGCCCCCCCGGGGGCUCCCCAGGGGGAACUCGCGUCUGCAGCGGCGAAGUCCCUUUUGGAAGAAGGACUCAAGUAUCUCGAAGACCUCCACGUCAUCGAACACCAGCACCAACACUCCCACCGGCAGCUGGUCCUGCAGCACUUGCUGCGCAACGCGGACAACGCAGAGGGGCUCAUUGAGGCUGUGAGCCAGAGCUGCGCGGGCCUGGGGACCCCCAAGGGUACUGAGGGGCAGGGGCCCCCCGCUGGGGCGCAGGCGGAGGAGGGAAAGACAGCAGCAGAAGAGGCCCAGCGAGCUGCAGAGGCGGAGGCCCUCGUGAAGGAGGCGCUGCAGAAUCCGGAGAAGAGAAAA